UUGAGAAGAUAUAUACACCACUCUGUCCUCUGCCCCACUCUGUCUCAAAUGGAUCACGACGGAGGAGGCCGUGGGAUGGCAUGGGAGGAGGCGGCGGCGGCGGCGGCGGCGGCUUCCACCAACCAGAAGACCGAGAGCUUCGGAGGCUGUUCCAGCUCCAACAGCGUGAAGAAAAUUUACCCUAUCGACAGUCCAAUUAAGAAAAGGAAGUCCCAGUAUGACCUCAGUGAUACAAGGCUGUCAUCGCUGAAAUACAAGUUUCAGGACCGACCAACUUCACAUGAGGAUGAGACUGCAAGAACAGAAAGCUUAGGAGGUGAUGGCAUUUUCAUCAACAACAAUUGUAAUAUGGGCACGGCCAAUGUUUAUAAGGGAUUGGACUCGAGUGAGAAUACUCAAAGCCUUUUAGGUGGUUGCAUCGAAGUAGACUCCAUAAAUGGAAUUGAGAGCCAAUCUAUGAGAAAACGGGCAUCUGCAUCCAGUAGCUCAAGCAACAACAUUUCAUCGGACACAUACAGCUCUUUUCAUAGCUGUGGCUCCAAAGAGACCGACAGCUGGGUGAGGCCACACCUGGAGCAUGAUGGCUCAGGUUUGCUGCCGCCUCCAUACGAUGAGGACAUUGAGAAAAUCUACGAUGUGAUGAAUGAGCUAGCAGGUGGUGGUGUCGUUGGUUCUGCUGAUCGUAUGAUGGAUGAGACGCUUUACUCGAAUGGCGUCGAUGAUUUCAUGAUUCUGCCAGCAGGCAAGAAUGGGGAGAAGAAGAAGAAGAAGCUCACCAUCGAUCAAGAAUUCGAACAGUACUUCUCAAAACUCAUGCUUUAGCGUGACCCUAACAGAGAAUUUGCUGCCUUUAAGUGUUGAAAAAUGUUCUGCAUCCUAACCUACCAUCAAUGAGCAAAUGCUGGGCUACUAUGGGAGUUAAUUCUGUAUUUCUUAACCUAAGUCUUGACAAUGCAAUGUAUAUAUGUUUUCUUUUCGAAGCCGUACCUUGAAUUUCCAUCAACUCUUGGCAUCAAAUUUGCCUGUGCCCGUGUGUGUAUAUCUUAUGCAUAAUGAAAAAUCUGGAAUUCUAAA